CUCGUGUGCGGAGGGAUCGCGGGGGCGUUUAGUAAGUCGUGCACGGCGCCGUUGGCGAGGUUGACGAUUUUGAACCAGUUGCAGGGGACGAACGCGGUGCCGGGGUGGGAGGCCGCGGCGGGACGAGCGUCGAUCGUGAGCUCGCUGCGACGGAUCGUCGCCACGGAGGGAGUGACGGCGCUUUGGAAGGGGAACGGGGUGACGAUCAUACAUCGCCUGCCGUACAGCGCCGUCAACUUUUACGCGUACGAGCAAAUCAUGAACGUGCUGGAUAAAGUGAUGACGACGUUACACUUCGACGAGAACGGCGACCCAGCGGUGGGGGCGUUUAAGUGGGGGUUCGCGCAGCGCUUGCUCGCGGGCGGGAGCGCGGGCUGCAUCGCGUGCACGCUGACGUAUCCCUUGGAUUUGAUUCGCACGCGCCUCGCCGCGCAGACGACGGUCAAGCAUUACAACGGCAUCGCCGACGCGUUCAUGAAGAUUUUGCGCGAUGAAGGCACGAAAGGCUUGUACCGCGGUCUGAAACCGACGCUGAUCGGCGUCGGGCCGAACUUGGCGCUCAACUUUGCGGCGUACGAGACGUUGAGAAAUCACUUGCAAUCGCUCGAUCACGGGAUGUAUCCGAUGGCGGUCGAUUUGGCGAGCGGGAGCGCGGCCGCCGUCGUGAGCGCCACGGCGACUUUCCCCAUCGAUCUCGUGCGACGCCGAAUGCAGAUGCGCGACGCCGUGCGAGGUGACAGUUUUGUCGGUGUAUUUAAGCGCGUGUUGGCGAAGGAGGGCGUCACGGGACUGUACCGCGGCAUCCUCCCUGAAUUCGCCAAAGUCGCGCCGGGCGUCGCGAUCACGUACACGUCGUACGCGUUUCUCAAGCGACUG